AUGUUCUGGCGUUUUGGUGGAUAUGCAAAUAUAUCCGCUAUCGAUACCCUCCUCGAGAAAGCAGAUGUCUCCCUCGAGGAAGUUCUCGAUGAGUCGGAGCUUAUGCAGGAGCUCAAGCAGCAUAAUACGAAACUUAUAGAAUAUCUGCGUGACGAUAAUGUCUUGAAACGAUUGCUUGACUAUGUAAUUUCACCCAGUCUGAUAGAUGACGAUGAUGACGACCACGAUGACGAUGCGCGAGGACAAAAGGACAAGGGUAGGGAUGGAGAAGCAAAGGAAAACCACGAAUUCGCGGCAACUGCGGAUUUGUCCGACCAGGCUAAGGAAAAAGGACAGCGGUUCGCCGACGAUAAACCCGCUGGUUUAAGUUACGGUCUUGAUACCGAUGAACUGGAGAAUGCAGAGAAGUCACGCUUGAAGUAUUCCUAUAUUGCUUGCGAAAUCUUGUCUUCUAAUUCCUGGUCAAUCAUUGAGUCGAUGAUGCUCAAUGAAGGAUAUCUACGGGACUUUUGGCACUUCUUGUGGAGGGAAGUGCCGCUUGAUCCACUUCAAUCCGGAUAUUUUACGAAGGUGAACGAAGUCCUUCUUGAAAAGAAGACCGAGGAAAUGCUCGCUUUCAUCAAGUCGUUAGAUGGCGUGGUGCCCACGCUCCUUCGACAUGUGGAUAACCCUAUGAUCAUGGACUUGCUUUUGAAGAUUAUAUCGCUUGAAAGGAUAGAGGGUGGCCAAGGAGUUGUUGAGUUUCAAAUUCAGUGGCUCCAAUCACAGGACCUGAUUCCAUCCCUAUUAUCUUGCCUUUCGACAGAGCAUACCUCUUCGACCCAGACAUCAGCAGGUGAUUUUUUGAAAGCAAUUAUCACGAUUUCUGCUAACGCUGCGCAAAAUGACCAGUCUUGUAUCGGACCCAACAGCUUGACGCGCCAACUAGUUUCCCAGCCUUGUGUGGAAGUUUUAAUAUCGUCAAUGCUGAAAGGUGGAAACCCACUUACCGUCGGAGUUGGGAUUGUUAUCGAAGUGAUCCGCAAGAACAACUCGGAUUAUGACCCAGAAAAUGUUGGCGGCCCGGACUCACCCCCAACGAUUCAUGAUCCCAUUUACCUUGGGACUCUCUUACGCAUGUUUGCAAAAAAUGUGCCUGGUUUUAUGGAUCUAAUACUCAGUUCAAAACAUAUGGUGAAUGAAGCUGGCCAACACAAAGUUGUUGAAAGACCCCGUCUCGACAGCGCUUGGGGAACUCGGAUUGAACCUCUGGGAUUUGACAGGUUUAAGACAUGCGAAUUGAUGGCUGAACUUCUUCAUUGCAGUAAUAUGGGUUUAUUGAAUGAGGUUGGAAGCGAUGAAUAUGUCAGAAAACGUGAUGCGGAGCGUGAACGACUGCGAGCACAAGGUGCUUUUAUCACUGGUGAAGAUGACUCGGGUUUCGAAUAUGCCGAGACCACGAACGAGUUCGCAAAUGGCAUCUCCCCAUCAGCACUUGGUUCUGGCUCGCCUGAGGAUAUCAAACGGCUUGACGCAUCACAUGCAGGUGAAGAGGAUGGUUUCGAACAUGUUACUUCAUCUGGAGUACUGAUAGACGAUGUUAAGGACGGUUUCGAGGAGAAGCCUGAAGGGGAAAUCAACAAUAAACCUGGUCCGGAACAGUUUACGAGUAUUCCGCCACAUGCGCCUAAAUUAGGACUGAGUGAUGAUUUUGUAGAUGAACCACUAACACCACCGGAGCAAGGGACAUCCUUGGAUGCGAAAGUCAUCCAACCUCUUUCUCCAUCUCUAGCUAGCGAUCCUUUAUCACCUGCCGCAUCAAUCCUCACGCAGAAAGUCGAAAACUUUAAGAUUGAUGCCGAACAACAGCAUGGCCCGCAUGAAAGGCAUGACUCCCCUCUCAAUGAAAACCCCACCAUUGACGUACCUGAAAGUCAACGUUCGGAAAAUCAAACUGGUAAUCAAGGAAGUGGUGAACCGGAUUCAUCGUUAUCCCCGCAACCAGAUGAUAAACCGGCACCUCUAUUCGCCGCGAAGGACUCUCCAACGAAACUGGAAAAUCAUCAAAUUGGCGAAGAAGACAAUAAAGGAAGAGUGGAAACCGGGACUGCUCUCGGGAACAGUUGCAUAACCGGGUCACUAACACCGUCGAUAACAAUGGGUGAUGCUGGAGAGAACGUUGCACAUCAAAAUAUUCAAAUAGAUACCGACGGCCAGCCAGUGGUUGGAGAUUAUCUAAAAAUCAUGUUUGUUGAGCACAAAGUCAUACCCACGAUCCUGUCAUUCUUUUUCCGAUUUGCAUGGAACAACUUUCUCCACAAUGUGGUAUAUGACGUUGUUCAGCAAGUAUUCAACGGCCCGAUGGAUCGUGGUUUCAAUCGAUCCUUAGCAAUUGACGUAUUCGAAUCGGGCCAUAUUACAGAGGAGAUUGUUCGAGGCCAACAACGAAGUGAUGAAGCACAGCGGACAAAAAAUAUGAGAUUGGGCUACAUGGGCCAUCUCACCCUGAUUGCAGAAGAGGUGGUAAAGUUCAGCGAACGGCAUCCCCCCGAACUGUUGUCGGCGACAGUAAUGGAAUAUGUCCUUCACCCCGAUUGGAUCGAUUAUGUCGAACGAACUCUGUCUGAAACCAGAGAAAGGGAUAAUGCCAUUUUGGGUGGUGUUAGGCCCGAUAUGUCUAUGGGCCAUCGGCAGGCAGUUCUUAAUGCAGUCAACGCCUCACAGGGAUUUACAGCUUCAACAGCGUUAGCAAAUGCCGGUUUGAACGGAGGAGCCCUGGGUGCAACAUUCGAAGGGUUGGAUAUUGUACAUCAAGGCAGCGCCUCGGGCGGUGCGUUUUUCGGCGGGGCUAGCGGGCCAUCCUUGCUCAGUGGAUUUGGAAGCUCGAGCGAUGACGAAGAUGAAGAAAUGGAGGAUCCAGAAGAUGACGAAGGUGGUGCGAGAAGAACUCACUCAACUGGCGCGGAGAACAGCUUUGAUAAUGUGGGUCAACAUUUCUUUCAGGACAUUGACAUGACGGACCGAUGA